AUGGCCAAAUGCGACCAUACAAUUCGAAUCUUUGAAGGGCAAGACUUCGAAUCGAUUCGAUUACAAUGUCGACAAGAGAAUAAACUUUUCGAUGACUCUCUCUUCCCGGCCCAAGUUGAAUCAUUGUCAAAUAAUUACCAAAACCUGAUUCCAUCUUGGCGUGAUAUCACGUGGAACCGGCCGGGAGAGAUUGUCGAUGAUCCUCAGUUCAUUGUCAACGGAAUCAAACGUACAGAUCCGAAUCAAGGUGAUCUAGGUAACUGCUGGUUUAUCGCAGCGAUGAGUGCAUUAACACAGAAUAAUCUUGUCUUGAAUCGAGUCAUUCCACCGGAUCAAUCUUUUUCCAAAGAUUGGUAUGCUGGUAUAUUUCAUUUUCGUUUCUGGCGGUAUCAAAACUGGUACGAUGUUGUUAUCGACGAUCGUUUGCCUUAUCUGAAAAGACAAAAACGUCUUUGGAGUGCGAGAAAUCUCUUUGAAAUCAAUGAAUUUUGGGUUUCAUUACUUGAAAAAGCCUAUGCGAAACUCAACGGCUGUUACACGAACUUAGCCGGUGGUCUUCCUGUCAAUGCUUUGACAGAUUUCACCGGUGGAAUUGAACAGCGGUUUGAAUUCAAAACGAAUAUAUCGCAGACGAAUCUUCGUUCCGAAGAGCUGUUCGAUUUUAUUCGAUCUUGUAUUGACUAUGGUUCACUGAUAGCUUGUUCGAUUAAUGCAGACAGAAGAAAAAUCGAAAGUAUUCUUCCCAACGGUCUCGUCGUUGGUCAUACGUAUUCGAUAACUAAUUAUCAUGUUCUCCCAAUAAUCUAUGAUGAGAAUCAAUCGAAAACGAGCGAUCGCGGUUUGAUACGCUUUCGUAAUCCUUGGGGAAAUGAUAUAGAAUGGAAUGGCAAAUGGUCUGAUGCCGAUUCUAUUUGGAAUCUACUCGAUGAAAACACACGAACAAGGCUAAGUAUCAGAAAGCAACACGACGGAGAAUUCUGGAUGUCAUUCAAUGAUUUUUACAAGGAAUUCGAUGUCAUGGAAGUUUGUCACAUUAGUCCAGAUACCUAUGAUGAAUUCGGGUUGACAGCUCAAGAUUCGAAACAUCAUUGGCGAAUGUGGUACGUUCUCGGAUCAUGGCGUGCAGGAGAAAAUAGCGGCGGUUCAUGUGCCACGUCCGGAUGUCGUCAUGGAUGUUAUUAUUGGCGUAAUCCCCAGUUUCUCAUUGAGUUAACUGUCAAUCGUUCAUUGAGUUCCGAUAGAUUAUGUAUGAUGAUCAUUGCAUUAAUGCAAAAGCCAAUAAAGAAGAGUGCCAAUGAAGAGUACAUACAAAUUCGAUUAUUCCGAAUCAAACCCAAUGUGAAGAUAUGCGAAAAGAAAGUCUAUAAGCCCGAUGAAGUCGAACGUAUCGCAUCAACAGGACCUUAUGUCAAUCGCCGAGAAGUUUCGCUGCUAUUAAAAACUACAACUGGAGCCUAUUUGAUCAUCCCCAGUAUGGCUGAUGUGGAUCAGAACUGCGAUUUUCUACUUCGAAUCUUCUCCCAAGACACGACGCUUGGUCGAACGUUCGUCAACGUCUUCGCUGAUCCUAAUCGUGAAGAUUUGGUUCGACGAAAUCUCGCUCAACAACAAACAAUCUCCGAUCAAUCACCUCUCAAUAUUUUCUUCAGUUCCACACAGUCGAACGAAUAUGCUCAAUCCGCAGAUCACGAUCGGAAAUAUGUCGAUGUCUAA